AUGGCUGAGUGUCUGGCCUCUCUGUACGCCUUGGAACAUCCAGUGACUACUGAAUUAGCGUCACCCUUCCGAGACUCUUCGAUAACACUGAUCCCCAGAAUGAGAGAAAAGGGCUCCUCAGCCGCUAUACGUUGGAUUAAGUUGCAAUGGGCCACGGAAAUGCCAGACGACUGUCAAUCGGAGCGAUGCGACCGUAGAAAAUGCAAGGGUCUCGGGUCAUCUCUCCAUGCAAGAUCUCAAUCCACGAUCGGUUACGUACGUGUCGCAUGGCCGGCAAGGUUGCAAUGCCAGCGCCCAAUCGGCGAGUCACCCACCACUGGUGGCCAACAUCCCAUAAACUUUUUACCACAAGAGUUUACUGUCAACUCACAAGAAAAACCUAGCAGGCAUCAGAAUCCGACCGUAUCUCCGUGGCUACCCGCAUCUCCUUCGAUGCGUACCGGACUGACACCAACCCGGGGGGGUGCAGGCGGCGCAGCAACAGCUCUGCAGGCUGCGAAGGCUAAUUCGAUAGCUUAA